GGAAGGCUUUGCAGUUGAGCACUUUCGCUACACACAAAAACACUUCUACUUCUCCUCUGUUUAUUCCCUCUUCUUUCUUUCUUCCCGUUUGGUUUGCUUCUUUCUUUGCUGUAUCGGAAGAUGGAGAGACCGAAUUCGUCGUCAGGAAUAAUGAGGACGAAGUCGGACCAACUGGUGGAGACGGCAGAAGCGGUGGCGGCUGCGAUGAGAUCCCCGACGUCGGGGGAGGCUACGGGAGGGGCGGAGAGCGGUGGAACGCUGUCGAGGAAGUCGAGCAGACGGAGCAUGAUGUCUGCGUCGCCGGGACGUGCGGGUGGCAACAGCAAAAACACUCACAUUAGGAAGUCGAGGAGCGCCCAAAUUAAGCUGGACUUGGAUGAAGUCAGCAGCGGCGCGGCGCUCAGUCGAGCCUCUAGCGCCAGCUUGGGCUUCUCCUUCUCCUUCACUGGCUUCACCGUGCCUCCCGACGAAAUCUCUGAUUUUAAGCCGUUCAGUGAUGAUGAUACUCCUGAUGAUCUUGAAGCCGGAAUGCGGAAGCAGAGGAUUCAAGCAGAGCCCACAUUGCCAAUUUACCUCAAGUUCAAGGAUGUUACCUACAAGGUGAUUCUCAAAGGAAUGAGGACUAAUGUGGAGAAGGAAAUCUUGAAUGGGAUUACUGGUUCAGUUAAUCCAGGAGAAGUUUUGGCGCUGAUGGGGCCUUCAGGAAGUGGAAAGACAACUCUACUAAAUUUGCUUGGUGGCAGGUUGAAUCAGCCCACCGCAGGUGGUUCAGUUACUUACAAUGACCAGCCAUAUUCUAAGUCCCUAAAGAGCAAGAUAGGGUUCGUGACUCAAGAUGAUGUUUUAUUUCCUCACCUUACAGUGAGAGAAACAUUAACAUAUGCAGCUCGGCUACGGCUGCCAAAGACAUUGACCAAACAGCAAAAGGAAAAACGAGCCGUGGAUGUCAUCUAUGAGCUAGGCUUGGACAGGUGCCAAGAUACGAUGAUUGGAGGUUCCUUUGUUCGGGGAGUUUCUGGGGGAGAAAGAAAGAGAGUGAGUAUCGGCAAUGAGAUUAUAAUAAAUCCUUCACUUCUGUUUCUUGAUGAACCGACAUCUGGCUUGGAUUCUACGACUGCUUUGAGGAUUGUUCAGAUGUUGCAUGAUAUAGCUGAGGCUGGAAAAACAGUGCUAACAACAAUCCAUCAACCAUCCAGCAGACUCUUCCACAAAUUUGACAAAUUGAUUCUUCUUGGGAAAGGAAACUUGCUCUACUUUGGGAAGGCAUCAGGAACAAUGGAGUAUUUCUCAUCCAUAGGCUGCUCUCCUCUCAUUACAAUGAACCCUGCAGAGUUCCUGCUAGAUCUUGCAAAUGGAAACCUAAAUGAUGUCUCUAUACCAUCAGAAUUAGAAGAUAAAGUACAAACAGAGCAUUCAGAAACUGAAACAAGGAAUGGAAAGCCAUCACCUGCAGAUGUGCAUGAGUACCUUGUGGAGGCCUAUGAGACACGGGUUGCAGACCAGGAGAAGAAGAAACUUAUGAUUCCAAUUCCCAUUGAUGAGGAGCUCAAGUCAAAAGUCUGUUCUCCAAAGCGAGAAUGGGGAGCAAGCUGGUGGGAACAAUACUCUAUAUUAUUCCGGAGAGGACUGAAAGAACGGCGGCAUGACUAUUUCAGCUGGUUAAGGGUCACCCAAGUUGCAUCAACUGCAACUAUCUUGGGAUUGCUCUGGUGGCAAUCAGAAAGUACUAACCCCAAAGGCCUGCAAGAUCAGGCAGGGCUGCUUUUCUUUAUUGCUGUGUUCUGGGGCUUCUUUCCUGUCUUCACAGCAAUUUUCACAUUUCCUCAAGAAAGGGCCAUGCUGAGCAAGGAACGAGCAGCUGACAUGUAUAGACUAAGUGCAUAUUUCGUGGCUAGGACUACAAGUGACCUUCCACUUGACCUCAUAUUACCAGUACUUUUCCUUAUCAUUGUAUACUUCAUGGCAGGCCUGAGAAUGGAUGCUGGUUCUUUUUUCCUAACCAUGCUCACAGUUUUCCUCUGCAUUGUAGCGGCUCAGGGACUUGGGCUAGCUAUUGGAGCCACACUAAUGGACUUAAAGAGGGCAACAACUUUGGCUUCAGUAACUGUGAUGACCUUCAUGUUGGCUGGUGGAUAUUUUGUGAAGAAAGUUCCAAUAUUCAUAUCAUGGAUCCGCUACAUCUCUUUCAACUACCACACCUACAAACUUCUUCUCAAGGUGCAGUAUGAACACAUUACACCUAAUGUAAAUGGCAUGAAAAUUGACGGCGGUUUGAAGGAAGUCAGUGCACUCGUAGCCAUGGUUUUUGGCUACAGACUCUUAGCAUACAUCUCUUUGCGGAGGAUGAAACUCCACACUGGAGCAUAAGCAAUAAAGGCUGAAGGAACACAAAGCUGGGCAGAUAAGUUUCCACUUUUCACUGCUCUAAGAGAUAUAUUAGGAAAGCGUGAGUUACAACGUUAAAAAGGAAAACUAGCAAGAUCACUGAACCGGACCUUCUGGUUUUCUGCCUCUUAAGAGAUUGUAAGUUCAUAUCUUGCAACAUAAAUAGCAUAAAAGAGGGUCUUACACAUUA